UUGUGACUUAAUAAAUGACACAUUAUUAAUAUGGUCUAACAGUAAAAACGAGUGACUAAUUUGCAAAUUGGUAUUUCAUGAUCAAAAGCAUAACCAGCAGAAGAACAACAUUCUCCACUGCAGGAUUCAAACUUGCUCCUUUAAUAUAUAAUGGAUUACAACAUAUGGGCAUACUAAAUGAAAGUAAAUUUUAAUUUUUGAUUUAGAUUUCUGCAACAGACCCAGGCCAUUGUUCCGUCACCUGAUUGUGAAACAGGAACCAAAUGCUCAGGGCAAAAUACAUCACCCGGAAUUUCGGGGUGGUUGGUUUCCGCUUGUGUGCCGGAAGUGGUAGAAAACAACAACGGUCAACGGCGUGAGCGGUGGCCAAGUGUGCGAGUGGAAGCGGCAGCAGAGGAUGCCGCGCAGGAAGGAAGCAUCCUAACAAGGUGAAGUGGAAGCCUAGUGAGUAAAUGGACAGUGAUCGAAGGAGGCAGCGUCAGGCGGGUAGCAGCUCUGACGGCACAGAAGAUUCAGACUUUUCUGCUGAUCUGGAUCAUACAGAUAGCUCUGAGAGUGAUGGACAGCCACGCAGGUCUACCAGAUUAACCAGGUCUUCAUUACGGAAUAGCCAGGGUUCUCAAGAUUCCAGUCCAGUACGCCAGAUACCAUCAUAUACCUCAGAUGAACCUGCUUAUGCGACAAGAAGGGUGACACGUAGCCAACAGCAGACAACUCCAGUUACACCGAAGAAAUACCCUCUGCGACAGACUCGCUCCUCCGGAUCAGAAACGGAGCAUCCAGUUGAGUUUUCAGACAAAGGGCAGGGCACCUCUACAACCUACACCUCCAAUCUCAUCUCAUUGAGUGGAACACCUGACUCCAGUACCUUUUGUAGAAGGCGUCUCCCCAAAGAUACCAAAACUGCAGUUGACCAAGAUGAAUCUCCCCCACGUACACCUACAGGAAAUGCUCCAUCAUCUGAGUCCGAUAUUGAUAUUUCAAGUCCAAAUGCAUCGCAUGAUGAAAGCAUAGCAAAAGAUGCUUCUAUGAAAGACUCUGGAAGUGACCUUUCACAUAGGCCGAAGCGCCGGCGUUUUCAUGAGAGUUAUAAUUUCAAUAUGAAGUGUCCUACUCCAGGUUGUAAUUCAUUAGGCCAUUUGACUGGAAAACAUGAAAGACACUUCUCCAUAUCUGGCUGUCCAUUGUACCAUAAUUUAUCUGCAGAUGAAUGUAAGGUUAGAGCUCAGCAGCGUGAAAGGCAGAUUGAUGACAGAGCAUUAUCACAAAGACAAGAUGAAAAUAACAGACAUGCAACCAGACAUCAGGCUCCGACAGAGAAACAAUUGAGAUACAAAGAAAAGGUGGCAGAACUUAGGAAGAAACGAAAUUCAGGAUUAACCAAAGAGCAAAAAGAAAAAUAUAUGGAGCACCGGCAGUUACAUGGAAAUACAAGAGAGCCCCUUUUGGACAAUCUUACAUCUGAUUUUGAUUUGGAAUUAUUCCGUAAAGCUCAAGCACGCGCCUCAGAGGAUCUGGAGAAACUGAGGUUGCAAGGGCAAAUUACAGAAGGCAGUAACAUGAUUAAGACCAUUGUGUUUGGCCGAUAUGAACUGGAUACCUGGUACCAUUCUCCAUAUCCUGAAGAAUAUGCUCGUCUAGGGAGGCUAUACAUGUGUGAGUUCUGUCUUAAGUACAUGAAAAGUCAGACCAUCCUUCGGCGGCAUAUGGCAAAAUGUGUAUGGAAGCAUCCUCCAGGGGAUGAAAUCUAUAGAAAAGGAAAUAUAUCAGUGUUUGAAGUGGAUGGAAAGAAAAAUAAGAUCUACUGCCAGAACCUGUGCCUUCUGGCGAAGCUAUUUUUGGACCACAAGACAUUAUAUUAUGAUGUAGAACCUUUCUUGUUUUAUGUGAUGACAGAAGCUGAUAAUACAGGAUGUCAUCUUGUUGGAUAUUUCUCCAAGGAGAAGAACUCAUUCCUCAACUAUAAUGUGUCAUGCAUUUUGACAAUGCCACAGUAUAUGAGACAAGGAUUUGGAAAAAUGCUUAUUGACUUCAGCUAUUUGUUGUCUAAGGUAGAAGAAAAGGUUGGUUCCCCUGAGCGCCCACUGUCGGACCUGGGACUCAUCAGCUACCGCAGCUAUUGGAAGGAAGUGUUACUACGUUAUUUGCAUAACUUCCAGGGCAAAGAAAUUUCUAUCAAAGAAAUAAGUCAAGAAACAGCUGUCAAUCCUGUGGACAUUGUCAGCACCCUUCAGGCAUUACAGAUGCUGAAGUACUGGAAAGGAAAACAUUUGGUUUUAAAACGGCAGGAUCUAAUAGAUGAAUGGCUGGCCAAGGAAGCAAAGCGAACGAAUGGAAACAAAACCAUAGACUCCAGCUGUUUGAAGUGGACACCACCGAAAGGAACUUAGUUGGAUAUUAGUUCUAACUCAGCAAAAGGCACCUAACAGCUAGUGAAUGCAAAGCAGAAGAUCCAAUAGCAAAUCUUUAGCCUUACCUCUGUUUAUCCUGCAGAGGGCAUAGUAAAGCGUACUACCCCAGCAAAUAUAGAAUUGUGCUUUUUUUCCUAUUUGUUGUUUGUGGUAGCACUUCCAACAAUGCAGCUUGACUCAUGUUAGGAGAAACAAAUGGGCUUGAAUUUUUUAGUUGUACAAUCUGAAAUGUAUCAAAACAAUCAGUUCUGUUUGUUUAAACGUUGGUGUUUUUAAAGUUUUCUCUGAAAUGUUCAGCUUUAAUGAUGGAAGUAAAUGAUUUUUAUGUCAAAGGUGAAUAAAUAAGAGUGGUGCAAUCCCUUUUUGGAUUUUGAGAGAGUGUCUGUGUCACCAAGUUUUUACUAGGAUUUUAAAUAAAAAUGUUCUUAAUUUGCUGUCUGUUUUAAAAGUUUGGAUUGCUGUUUAAAAAAUAAUGGGUUUCAUGAAUUGGUACAUUUCUGAAUGGUUGGAAAACAAUAAUGUUCACUCCUUUCAUCAACCAGAGGAGCUACAUCAACAUGGCUCUCACCUUCAACUGAUGUACUGUAAAUAUCAUUCAAAUUUGUAUGGAGGCUACUUGUCAAAUUGUUUAUUUUCAAUUAUUUGAAUUGUAAAGUAAAAUCAUGUUUUCAAGGUGGGAACUGUACUUACUAAUUUCCCCCAAAAUUUGCCUUGUAUCAUAUUACAGUAAAAAGCACAAUUUAAUAACUUUGUGUUCAAAACUCAAACACCUGAAUAAUUCGACUCUUUCAAAGCCCUUGGUAAACUGAUGCAAUACCAGAGUGGUCAUCUUAACAUCCAUGGGAAGGAAAGAAAAAUUGAAAGGUUGGCUAUUGUUUAAAAAAAAAUCAUGGUUCCUUACUUGAAUAUGUAUAUUAAAAUCUUUAAGUAAUGAAAACAAAUCUUAAUCCAAAUGAGGGAAUGCAUGUUAUAUAUGUGAAACUUUAUAAUGGAAAAAUAUUGUUGCAGACAAUAAUACUUUGCUGGUGAAGGUAUUGAAUGGUUCAUGAUUUCAAUAAAACUGGCCCAUUUUACUCUUAAAAGAUAUAAACUUUCAAGUGAAGCUGUAUUUGGUAUGUAGUACGCACAGUUGUCACGUGGUGUCUUAACACUCUUUAAAAGUUAUAUCACUGGCAGCUAACUUAGCUCUAAACAAAAGCUUGACAUCUUUGUAAAUGGAGCCUUGUUUGGUGUGAAUAGAAGGGAACCUGUUUUGCCCUUUAGAAUUGAACCAGGGUACGCAAUUAGUCAGCUGACAUUGCUGUGCCAAAGUUAGAGUUGAGGAACAUUGCUUAAUUACUUGUUGUACCAAAUGUGAUGUAAUGCCUUCUGUACCUGCUUAUAAAUAAAGCAUGUUGUACAGUG